UUAAUCUACUACCCUCACUCUUAACUUUAUUUCCCUCUUUAUUUUCUUUUCCCCUCUUCUCAUCAAUGUCACCACCUUUCUAGCCUACACACACACACAUACACACACACAUAUAUAUAUAUAUAACCACCACAACCUUUCCCAAUCAAAAAAAUGUCACCCGUGCGAACCCAAGCCUCCAUGAAAGUCGCACGUGGGUACGAGUCGGCCACCCUCGCCCUCGCCUGCAAGCGCCUCCGCCCCCUCGCCCCCGCAUCCGCCUCCACAGCCGCCGCGUUCGAUAUCAAGAGCUUCAUCAGACCGGAAAGUGGUACUAGGAGACAUGGAAACUCGGAUUAUCAGAAAAGAGAAUCAGUUCAGCAGGCGGUGCCCGGUGGGACGAGGUGGAGUCCGGCACAAGAGCAGAUCGAAAUACUCGAGAGGCUUUACCAAGGCGGCAUGCGAACCCCCAACGCCCAGCAAAUCGAGCAGAUCACGGCGCAGCUCGCCAAUUACGGCAAGAUCGAAGGGAAAAACGUGUUUUACUGGUUCCAAAACCACAAGGCGCGUGAGCGCCAGAAGCAGAAGCUCGGCAGGCUGAGGCCGCCUCCUCCCUUUACCGCGGGAGAGGAGUUGGAUUGUGGAGGUCAAAAAAGGAAAUGUGGACCGAGGGCGUUCGAUCAAAGCGUUGAAGUAGAUUAUAGAUGUUUAGAAGAAGGAGAAGAUAGAACCCUCAAGUUAUUCCCUUUGCACCCAGAGGGAAGAUCUUGAGGGUUUAAUAAUGGAAUUAAUGUUUGGCAUUAAUUAAUUAUGGUUAUUUGUAGUCGAAUAACUGUAGACGUUUCUGUUUAGCUUUUUAUUUGUAGUAUGCUUUUGAUUAAUUAAUGCUAUGCAGCUGCCAGUCCAAUGUUUACUUUCCUUUUUUUUCUUGGUUUGAAGAAGGGAAGGGAGGAAGAAAAUUAGUUGUAUGUGGCCAACUUUCUGAACAUAUUUUCAGUUAUACAGUGAAUUAUUU